AUGGCGCCUUAUGGCAUAGUACUCCUCGGCAUCCUCUCAAUCCUUGGGUCGGCGGCUUAUGCUCAAGAGGCUGCAGUUCAGGAACCCCAGGUAUUUUUCAACUUAACCUAUGAUGAAUAUCUGGAUAAGGUGGCAGCAUCUUCUGGGAGUGUCCCAGAUAACAGUGAUUUGCCCUGGGAUGACACUAUGAGCAGCCUUCCUUCAAACGAGACGUACGAUAGUGUUCAGACCGAGACGAGCAGCAGCCUAUCGAGGCGUGGUCGCGUUUUCAAUCUCGGAAAGCGUGAGCCUGUCGGCGGGGAGACUCAAAACGAUCAGGUCACCAAUGAUAUGCUCCAGGCGCUUCAUGGUCUGUGUGUUGAAAAAUAUGGCACAGGCUGGCGAGCGGUUAGUGGGAUAUGUCGCGGCCGGACGAGGGAUAUAAAUUGUGGGAAUCCGGAUAUCCCAGGGUCCGGGAGGCGAACGUCCAGAAAUUGCCCAGAGCACUGGGAGUGCACCACUUUCCAGGCGGUCAACUUUCGCGACCGUCGGGCUACUUUCCCUGUCUGUGGGCCCCGAAUUGAGGUGAAGGAAAGACAUGAUCAAGGGAGACAUACGGAGUGGGAGGGAGUCUGGUACCCCGAAUCGCCUAAAUCGCCUGGGACAUAUGAUUCUUUCGCCCAGAUGGCGGGCAGUCUCAAUGGAUACUUCGACUUUAGUGGUGCUUAUCAGAGUGGAGAGGGCUUCAGCUCUCGGGGAAGUGGACACUCGUGGUCAUGCAUUGGCUGCCCGGGGGGCAAGUUGACUAUCACUAGCACGGAUCGUGCAACUUGGGCGGUUGGAUAUACCAGCCCCCACUAA